AUGACUGGUUCUAACAUCCAAGGCAAAAGGCUCAGUGGCCACGCCUCUGUUUUAUUAGUACGUUUGGCGUUUUAUCUUUCCUCUGCAAUGACUUUCACUCGCUUUGUUUCGAUUGGCCGUGUAGUACUUAUCAACUACGGUCCCGAUGCCGGCAAGAUCGCCACAAUCAUCGACGUUGUUGAUGAGAACAAAGCCCUAGUCGACGGACCUUUCAGUGUCACGGGCGUGAACCGUCACGUGAUCAACUUUAAGCGUUUGUCACUGACUGACCUGACGGUUGACAUUCCUCGCCAAGCGCGCGAAAAGACGCUUAAAAAGGCUCUGGCGAAGGCAGACACGCUUGCCAAAUGGGAGGCCUCUACGUGGUCCAAGAAGAUUCAGAACAAGAAGACACGGGCCGAGUUGAACGACUUUGAACGCUUCAAAUCCAUGAUUGCGCGCAAACAGAAGAACUCAUUGAUUAAGAAGGCCGUUGCUACCGCCCGUAAAGCCCACUAA